AUCCAACAGCUCCCAUUGGAGAUGGUGCCCCCAACCUCCCGCAACAAGUAAAGGCAGGCCAGAGAGGCUCCUGGGAGGGAGGAGGGGAGAGACGUGAGAGAGAGAGAGGUGGAGAUAAUACCGUGGGACCGUGUGAGAGGAGCAGAGAGAGAGAAUCCAUUUCUCUUCUCUCUCUGCUUUUCAUUCAGACGGUCUUUUCCCUGUAGGUAUACACACUUUAAUUUCUGAGGAUCUUCUGCCUUUCAGUAAUUUUGAUUCUUGUGGAGUCUGAGAAAAAACUUAAAAAGAAGGAGAAGAGGAGGAAGAAGAAGGAAGAGGAAGAAGAAGAGAAAGGAGAAAAAGAAGAAAAAGAAGAGCGAGAACAAGAGAGGGCUGUGGAGAAGAACAAGGCCAUGGCCUCCUGGUUCAGCUGGAAUGAGCCGUAUCACCGCAGCCCCCAGAGGGACCCGGCGGACGUGGUGACCGACACACUGAUGGUGGAGUUCAGCUGGCAGCUGAAGGAGGCGGAGAGGCUGCAGAGAGAGAGGGAGAUCGAGUACAGACGCCUCAAGACCGGAGUGGACUACAGCUGGCUGGCCAGCACGCCUCGCUCCUCCUUCAGCAUCAGCACCGGGGAGAGGCUGGGCCUGGAGGACCUCUGCUCCAAGGUGCCACCGCCCUGCUGCGGCUUGGUCAUACUCAAGUUCAGGGAGGCCCUGCAGGCCAAUGAGCCCGAGGUGCAGGAGGUUCCCAGCCUGUUUCGCACCAUCCUCCUGGAGGCUCUGGAUCAGCUGAAGGAGGAGCAGGAGACUCAGCGGCUCGCCCGCCAGUGGAACAACAAGCGUGCCAUGAGCAUGUCCCUCGUGAACUUCAGGUCCCGCAUCAAGAUAAACCCGUUUGGAAGCACAGUGGGCCUGACCUCUGCUGCAGCCGACGGGGCGGGUUUGAGCGACCUGAAGACGGUGUCAGAGGAUGUGGAGAGGGGGAUGGAGGGGGAGGAGAGGGUGCAGAGGGUGUGGAGCAUGCCUGACUUCAGAUACAAAGGAACUGGCAGCAGUAAGGUUGUCUGAUAUCAGGCUCUUCAUGGGACAGUGAUGGUGGGAUGUUUCAGAUGCUGAACUCCAGGACCCUUUGCUGCAGUAUGUCCACCUUAGACCAGAGGUGGCAGGAUGAAUCUUAUCAUCCUCCCACUCUUUCCUGUAUGAGACCUAUCAGCAUUCAAGACAUCCACUACUUUAUCUUAAGAGCUACAGGGGCAAGAGCCAGGUGAUUUUCUUCAAUUCUUUUUUAACUUGACAGCACCGUUUGUGGGGAUUUGAAACAGUUUCAUCUCUGCUUGAGAUUAUUGCAAUUUGCAGUGAUGUGACUUAUAUUUUUUAGGCAUUGGCAUCUAAGCCAAAAGGGCUAUCUGCUGUAGCCUGGUAGGGAUGUUUAUGUCAUUUAAUGGCUUUCUACAAGGAACAAAUGAAAAAUGUUUGUGAUGCCAAGUCACAUGGCACAAAAUGGCUGUUGCGGUGCAGAGAGAGGACGUUUUGCAUGAUAUUUAUGUAUACUUGUUACUUAUUUAGUCUCAAAUACAAAUUAUCUGUAAUAGUCAAUAUAAACAUAAGGUUAUUCAGAGGGUGAGUCACGCUCUCCCACCAGACCGCUUU